GUAAGGACCUUGGGGAGGUAAAAGGAAGGGAGGGAAAUGGUCAUUGGAUUGGGAACACUCCAGACAAUGAGCAAUGUCAACUCGCAGUCAAGCAAGCUCUUUUCGAUUGUUGUUUUCGGAUCAAUUAUCAACGAAGGUUAUAUGAACCGACCCACGGAGGUGGAACAGCACUGCAUCUUCAACCGGAAUCCCAACGCCUGUAACUAUGGCAUCACCAUUGGCGUGCUGGCCUUUCUCGGGUGUAUGGCCUUCCUCGCCCUCGAUGCUUAUUUUCCGCAGAUCAGCAGCGUGAAGGAUCGGAAAAAGGUGGUUCUGGGGGAUAUUGGAUUUUCAGCGUUUUGGUCCUUCCUGUGGUUUGUGGGAUUCUGCUUCCUCACCAACCAAUGGCAAGUGACAGAUCUGGAGAAGGACGACCCGUUAAAGGAAGGAGCCGAUGCUGCUCGAGCUGCCAUCACUUUCUCCUUCUUCUCAAUCUUCACCUGGGCUGCUCAGGCUUUCCUGGGAUACCAGCGGUACCGCCUGGGGGCCGACUCUGCUCUUUUCUCACAGGAGUACACAGACCCGAGCCAGGACAGCUCUGCUCCUUAUGGCCCAUACCUCUCCGGUGAUGAGAUGGAAGCCCCAGGCUCUUACCAGCAGCCACUCUCAACAGGAGCCUACACGAGCAGCUCAGAGGGAUACCAGACGCAGGAUUACUGAGCAAAGCAACAGCCAGGAGGGAGUAAAACCAGAAUGACAAUUCCUCCCUCACACACAACCUUUACACAUUUUACUGGGCAACCCUUGGUUUAAAUGAGAGAAAGCUCUGACACACCACAAGUGUGUAUCAUCACUGGAUCAGGGUUUCAUAUCCUUGAGUUUGAUUCACAUGUUGUAACUCCUGCAGGUGCUUAAGCGGAAUAUAAAAUACUUCCACAUUGUCUGGUCUGUUCUCUAAGACAUGACCACUUGAGUGCAGAUAAUUUUUGAUGGAAUGGAAUAUAUAUGUGUAUAUAUUUAUUUUAAUUAAAGGUUUAUUUAUUGAUUCUGGAAGACAAGUCAGCAGCUGGAAACUUGCCCACUCCCCUGAUGUGCCCACCUAUGCCAUCUCCUCUCUGCAAAUUCGCUGCCCUUCCUCCCAGCUCCCUGUGCACAGAUAAGAUCUGUGCACAGCACUGAUACUGACAGGAGGUUGAUCUGCUGGUGCUGGUGCUGGGGGAUGAGGACUGGAGCGAACGAGUGUGUCUGGGACCCAGCUUUCACUGGCACUGAGGUGUGGAACAGGGGAUUGUUCAGGAUGCUGCUUCAACUGGUGUUCACCAGGGGCAUGGGACAUUGUAGGGGCCAGAGUCGGAUGUGAAGGAAAGCUAUUCUCAUUUACUGAAAAGCACAAAGUAACAAGCUAAGCAAUUUUUUUUGCGGGGGAGGGCACGGUGAAAAGUGCAGAGAUUUCUGUCCACUCAAGAAGCCCUUACAGAUGAUCAGAGACAGCGUGUCCCCUGGUCCAGUUAUUUUAAACAGGGGGAAGGGGUUGGGAAAGGGGUCGCGAUGGUGUAGGUGGGGGAAGGUGAAAAUGGAUGUGUGCUCAACUUGAUCUGUAGCCUGAGAUUUCAAUAGUGAGGGAUAGUUCACCUCUGUUAUGGCACUGGGACCAGGUAGGCAUUGCCCUGUGCGUAUGUGUGGGAGAGGGGGUAUGUGGUCACAUGAGUGUGUGUGUUGUGUAACUUCCCUUUUGACUUGUUCCCUUCCCCCCCCGGUCCAUCUCUCUCUUUCUCAUUCUCCAUCUCUCUCUUUCUCACUCUCCACCUCAAUCUUGUGCACUCUCUCUCUGUCCCUCCCUUUACCUCAAGGUCUAGGGAAUAUCCUGUGUUUCUGAACACGGCCAUAGGGCUGGACGCAGCUGAAAGGUAUGUCCUUGUGUUUUAUUUGGAAGCUGGAGGGGGGAGGGUAGUCAGCUGUCAUUGACCUCAGUAAUCUCUGAGUUUGGUAUGUGGAGCAGACAUCAACCUGAGUUCCUCCUCAUGGACGUUGAAUGGAUAAUUGACCACCUCAACCCAGCCCCCCUCUCUCCCUCCCCUCCCUCCCUCCCCUCCCUCUCCCUGCAAGACUGCAGAGUGUAUGUACGGAGCUCAGCAGCCAGAGAUAGUUACCUAUCAACAGGUGGGAGCAGAGGUGCAGAAAGAUCCUAUGGUAGCCCAGCAAUGAGUCAAGGUUCUUUGUGGUUUUGGGGGCUGUAGAUCAGUGAGAAUGGUGCUAGGGCAGUAGUUGGCCAUUGGGUGGUUAUUAAUUGGCAUCAAGAGGUCUCUGUGCGAUUGACACCGUACAUGUGACCUAAACUGUGUUAACACUAUGAUCAAUACCAGCAGGUGUUAGGAAAACCCAUGUCCAUGGAGCAUGGUCUGAGAGGCUGUGUGUCCAUCCAGAACUGUCUUAUCAAACCUCACUUUACACAUUGCCUAGUAUUCUGUGUACAGAACAGGGGAAACUGCAAUUAAACUACCGAUCCUUAACAAUGGUAAACAAAAAUGUAUAAAUCUGUAUUUCAUAUAGUAUUUUACUGUUGUAUUUAAAAAAAACUUUUUAUGUGUUACUAUGGAUACCAGGCUAGGCCCAGGCUUUCUGAGGUAAUGCUGCCAAGGGAAGGCAUCCAGAAACUUCCAUCCAUAAAAGAUAACACUACAAAAAUAACUUCAAAUAUCAAAAACACCUGAUCUAUUUCUUCAGUUUCUGUAUUGAGAGUCCAUGGAAUGGAACAGAAUCAGUGACUGUAAAAGAAACGUGUGGGAAAUUGGCCAGUGAUCAUUGAGUGGCCAAGUUGGCAGCACCACUCCUGACAGUCUCUCUCUCUCUUUUGUCCCUCAUUAGCUUGGUGAGAGAAGUUUUGGGUGAGAUACAGUGUGGGAGAGAUUGCGAAGUGCAGGACAGCAAGUGUGAAAGCCUGCAGAUGUACCUGGUCUGGUUCACUCUGACCUCUCCUAUGUUUUGAUUGGCUCUUAUGCAAGAGGGCAUUCGAAACGAGCAACUGACUGGUCACUGCUGCAUUCUCAUGUCACUUUGCAUGUUCGAGUCCCAAGCUAGAUACUUGAGCCCAAAAUCUGGGCCGAUCCUUCUGGUAUCUGUACUGAGCCUUGCACUAUAAGCUGUGCUGCCUUCCCAAUAAGAGAGCCUAUUGAUGCUGUCAGCUGGAGGUGAAACAUCCCAAACCUCUGAUUCAGAGAAGGGCACAGAAGAUCUCCCCUUGUGUCCUGGUCCAGUAGUUUCUCUUUCAACUGGUAUCACUAAAUCAAAUUGCCUGGUCAGUACCAUGUUUGAAAUUUAUGGGAUCUUGCUUUGCACAAAUUGACUGCUGCGUAUCCCACAUUGCAACAGUGACCACAUUCUGAAAAGUACAUUGUUGCUGGUAAAGAGGAUUGAGAAAUUCUGAGCGCUAUAGCAAUGUCAGUUCAUUGUUCCUUUAUAAUCAGUCUAGGAAUUGGCUCCCUCCCUUAGCAACGGUUACCUCGGAUAGUCAGGGGUAUGUAAAGGGAUAGGUUGGCCUGGGGCUGGAGAUGCUGUCGAGGAGUAUUGUUGGGAUUUGCUGAGCCCUGCUGGGAGUGUGGCCUGUCCCAUUGUGUCACUGUCCCCAUCUGCUGGGCUUAAACUUACCCUCAUCACAUUGCUGCUCGCCAGAUUCGUCCCAUUCCGAUCAUCCCUGGAGUGAUUGAGGGUAAAGGGGAUGUUACGAGUGUGAACCAGCCCCAGUCUGUCACUGUUUGUCCAAUCCUGGACUCUCCUUCCACCAGACAGCAUACUGCACUAGCCACUAACUUAUUGCAAACUCUGUGUGUAGCAUUGUGUAUAGAAUUAAUUGUGUAUAACAUGGAGCCCUGUGUCUUUAUAUAUUGUUGCUGCUGUUGUGUGUCCCACACAUUGCAGCCUGUGUUUGUGGUAUGUUGAGCAGAUAUUAAUUAUUUAUCUGUAAAAUUGUGAUUCUCAAUAAAAUGUUUCAAGUAGA